AGACGUCAAACUAGCUGUCCUAUGUCUACUGCUAACGAAGGCCGAUAUAGGCCAUUGCUAAGUAAAGAAUUUCAUUAUAAUUUCGAGAGUACACUUUUGCAUAAAGUGCGCGUAAAACUUGUGGCUAACGAAACGUGUUUUGUAUAAAUUGUGCAAACAAGUGUAAAGUCUGUCUUUUUUUAGACUGAUUCAGAGUGUUCGCAGUGACGACGAACGAAAUCAAAGAUGCGGUUCAAAUUCUGUGGUGGUUUGGAUUGCCCAGAUUGGCUUCUGGCUGCCUUGGCCAGCCUGGCAAAACUCAGCUCGAUCAAGGUCCGUUCUGGAGCUAACCAACUCGCUCGUGCCAUGGCCGAAGGUCGUCUUGAGCCGAAAAUAUUGACGGCGGUCUGUGAAAAGCUUACUAAUUCAGAAGCAGUGGCGGCCGUACACGAAGUCCUCAAGCUUGCCCUGAGGACUCAAGUAGAAGAAGCAGUUCUUAUUGACGAACUACAACAGUUGGGUUUGCCAAGAGAACACUCUACGGGCCUGGGCAAAGCUUAUGCUGAAAGUAGGGCUCGAGCCGUAGAACGAUUGCGAGAGGACUUCGUGCACCAGAAGGGUGAAAUCUCGUUUAAGCUAAAGACAGUCGAUGGCGACCAGUUUAUAGUGAUUUCAAUCGGAGAGGAAGGGUUUGUUAUGGGAAUAGGCCAAGCUCGAAUACUUUUGGAAGAACUUAAGCAAGCACGAAGAGCAAUUGAAAACUAUGCAUAAGAUUUGCUCCAAAAAAUUGGACUGUACAAUUUCUUAAACAUUGGCAAACGAAUACUCAUAUAUAUUUAUAUACACACUGUUAUAUCGUUGUAUAAUCCUUAUUACUGUAACAAUAAUAUAAUCGACGACGUGUGCUGUUUAUCGUCGCAAAGCAACACGGCUUCACCACCGAAGUACAUGUAAUUUUAACAAAACGUCAGUUAGACAAUAAACACAAAGUUGCAAUCUGG